AUGGUGCGACUCAAUGUGCUUGCUGAUGCUUUGCGUUCAAUUUGCAACGCUGAAAAGCGCAAAAAGCGUCAAGUGAUGAUACGCCCUUCCUCCAAAGUUAUCAUUCGAUUCCUUGGUGUUAUGCAACGAAAGGGCUACAUCGGUGAAUUUGAGAUUAUCGACAAUCAUAGAGCAGGAAAGAUUGUUGUGCAGUUAAAUGGCCGACUAAACAAAUGUGGAGUUAUCAGCCCCCGGUUCGAUAUGUCCGUGCGGGAUAAUGAGAAAUGGACUAGCAAUCUGCUCCCUUCCCGUCAGUUCGGUUACCUUGUCCUCACAACAAGCAGUGGUAUCAUGGACCAUGAAGAGGCUCAUCGCAAGCAUCUUGGAGGCAAACUUUUGGGGUAUUUCUUCUGA